AUGGAAUCUAUACCGAGCCAGCUUUCAGCCGGAAGAGAUUCCACUGGUUCACCAAACUCGAAGCAGGAGUUGCAGUCCUACACCGGCACCACGCUAAAACCCAACCAAGUCAGUGAGACCUCUCUGUACGGAAUACCCAUCGUCUCCCUGGUCAUAGAUGGCCAAGAACGGCUGUGUCUGGCCCAGAUUUCCAACACCCUCUUGAAGAACUACAGCUAUAACGAAAUCCAUAACCGGCGCGUGGCUUUGGGCAUCACGUGUGUGCAGUGCACGCCGGUCCAGCUGGAGAUCUUGAGGCGCGCGGGCGCGAUGCCCAUCUCCUCCCGGCGCUGCGGAAUGAUCACCAAGCGCGAAGCUGAGCGCCUCUGCAAGUCCUUCCUCGGCGAGCACAAUCCGCCCAAACUGCCGGAAAAUUUCGCUUUUGACGUGUCGCACGAGUGCGCGUGGGGCUGCCGUGGCAGCUUUAUCCCGGCCCGGUAUAACAGCUCGAGAGCGAAAUGCAUCAAGUGCUCGUUCUGUAACAUGUAUUUCUCACCCAACAAAUUCAUAUUUCAUUCUCACCGCACGCCCGAGUCCAAAUACACGCAGCCCGACGCGGCCAACUUCAACUCAUGGAGACGGCACCUCAAGCUGACGGACAAAAACUCUUCAGAAGACGUCAUCCACGCUUGGGAGGACGUCAAGGCGAUGUUUAACGGGGGCAGCCGGAAGAGGACACUGCCUGGACACGGGUCCGAGACGUCGUCCCCGCUGAAAUCCCAAGGCCCCGUGAGUCGAGUCCAGGGCAGUUCAUCUGAGGUGCCCCACAAAACCCUUCGCUGCGAAGACGACAGAGCCACUGUGCCCAUCCCGAGUGGCAUCCGCAGUUACCCUGUGAUCCCGGUACCGAGCAAGAGUUUUGGGAUGCUGCAGAAAAUCCCACCACCUCUUUUCCCUCAUCCGUACGGAUUCCAGGCGUUCGGACUGUGCCAGAAGAAAGACGACGGCGUGGUAGGGGAUCGGACCAAAACUAACUUGCCUGGUGUGUUCUGGCCAGGCGCAAAGGACAGCGCUUACCCUUCGUUCCCUGUGUUCUGGCCCACAGCAAGUGGCCUGCCCAUGGCUCCUUACCACCACGCGCCACCCAAACCGGCUCCCGAGGUCCUUUGCGCAUCGAACCGCCAGCACGAGUUCGAUGCCUCUGAGCCGAGUGAGAGGAGCCCGAGCACACCCAAAGACGCCCUGAUGGAGAACGAGCGCUGCUCCAGCACCCAGUCCAGCCGCAACGACGAGGACAAAUCCGGUGAUGAGACCAGACCCCCCACGGAAAGCAUGCCAAGAAAACCGAGCUAUGUAUCGGCCUUCAGGCCUGUCGUUAAGGACACAGAGAGUAUAGCAAAGCUGUACGGCAACAGAGGCCCGUAUUCAGGAACCAGGCCCGGUUACCUCUCACCUGACUUCCUGAGCGAAAGUUCGAGUUACAGGUCGGCCUCUCCAGAUGUGGACGACAGCGCAGAGGACCCGGAUGUAGACGUGGAGUCCCACAAAGUACAGGAAGAUGAAGAAUGCCUUCAACUUUCAGUGGACGACCAUCACAGCCCACCGGCUCUCCCUGCUCAUGUGCAUGGUGAUGGAGGGAAAGGCCAAGGAGAGGAAAACACUCGAACUGUGGCAAUAAGUGAUCCACACACUACACACACGAGUGAGGCAGAGAAGCAGAACAAACCUCCAACACGCUAUGAAGUGUAUGCGCAUGAAAGGAUGGCGCCCCUGUAUCACAUGAGUGCGCCAUGUUUCGGCUCGACAGCCACUUAUCAUCAUCAUCAUCAUCAUCAGCGCGACUCCAGCGGUAAAGAUGCGCACGAGGAGGAACCGUCAUCCACAGUCGAGGAAGUAACCGCCCCCAAAACAGUGCACGAGCCCAGCAGCGCUCCGGAAGCGGCCGAGGAAAUGGAAGCUAUGAUGCGCAGUGAAACAGGCAGAGUGUCACUGAUUGAAAAAAACAUCGAAAACAUGGCCAAAGAAGAGCUACAAAAACAACUAGUAGAACAAGUGGAGUUGAGAAAAAAGCUUGAACGGGAAUUCCAAAGUCUGAAAGACAACUUUCAGGACCAAAUGAAAAGGGAGCUGUCAUACCGAGAAGAGAUGGUCCAGCAACUGCAGAUCGUUCGAGAAGCUCACGACGCACUCCAUCAUUUCUCGUGUAAGAUGUUGACCCCUCGUCAUUGCUCUGGGACCUGUACUUUCAAGCCUCCUCUACUACCACCGUGA